AAAGCGGAGACAAAUCGGCGGAUCUAGACAGCCCGUCGAAGAGCCAUGGCGUCGUCUGCCCGAGGACGCCUCUGUGUGAUUCAGCGGCACUUAACAUCUCACAAUGCAGGCUCAGUACACCAAGAGGACACGAAAAGCUCUAAUGACAUAGCGGAUAAUGGCCGCGCCCAAGAAGAAGGGCAUGUCAUAGAUGCAAACACCGAUGAGAAGCGGAGAAACGUGGCCUUUGUAGCGGCUUCUUGGCGGCCAACGUCGGGCAGCGACGAUGACGGAAAGGAAGUGGUUCUGCAGACGUUGCCGAAGAGACGGCAAGAACUGCUGAAAUGGAAUGGCUGGGGAUACAGAGACUCCAAGUUUACUGUACACAAGGAGAAGGAUUACUAUGUGGCCUUCACAGGAAACAGGUACAAGAUUGGGAACAUGGUGCUCCCACACUUUGCUCAGUGGGUGAGAGAUACUUUAGGGGUAAACUUUGAGGACUGUACACCCCCACAGGAACCUCCCUUACCUCACCAGUUUCCAGAGCCCGUUCUUCAGCAAGAUUUCAUGUCUGAGGUGGAGACCCAAGGGAUUGCACAUUCCCUCGACGGAGAAGACCGUCUGUUCAGAGCACAUGGGCACACCCUGGCAGAAAUUUUCACUCUCAGGGAGGGCAUGUUUCCCAGGAUUCCUGACCUAGUUGUAUGGCCAAAUAAUCACAGUGAAGUAGAGAAGCUUGUCAAAAUGGCUUCCAGACACUGUGUUGUGCUGAUUCCAUUUGGGGGAGGAACAAGUGUAUCAGGAGCUCUUCUGUGUCCAGAGGAGGAGAGCAGAAUGAUUGUUUCGUUGGACACCUCUCAAAUGUGCCGUAUUCUGUGGGUGGACGAUAAGAACCUGACAGCCAGGAUAGAAUCUGGUCAUCAGGAUCUUGAGCGCCAGCUUCAUGCCCGAGGGUACACUGCUGGCCAUGAGCCUGAUUCCUAUGAAUUUCUGACAACAAAUCUUGGAGGCUGGGUUGCAACACGAGCAUCAGGAAUGAAGAAAAAUAUCUAUGGCAACAUUGAAGACCUUGUUGUUCAGGUGAAGGCUGUGACACCCAAGGGAACAGUAGAGCGUUACACAGCAGGCCCAAGAGUUUCUGCAGGGCCUGAUGUUCAACACUUUAUCAUGGGCUCAGAGGGAACCCUUGGAGUGAUCACAGAAGUUACACUGAAGGUGCGUCCUCUGCCAGUAGUGCAGCGAUAUGGGUCUAUUGUAUUCCCAGACUUUACUAGAGGUGUGAACUGCAUGCGUGAAGUUGCUCUUCAUCGGUGCCAGCCUGCGUCCAUUCGGUUAAUGGAUAAUGAACAAUUCAAAUUUGGUCAUGCACUUAAGCCUCCAACUGGAUUCAUGGGUCUUCUUAGCGAAGGAAUAAAGAAGAUGUAUAUAACUCGUAUUAGAGGCUUUGAUGUACAUACCAUGUGUGUAGCCACCCUUCUUUUUGAAGGCUCAGAGUAUGAGGUGGCGGCACAAGAGAAGAGGAUUUACGACAUUGCCCUGAACAACGGGGGCAUACCAGCGGGGGAGGCUAAUGGCCAGAGAGGUUACAUGCUGACUUUUGUUAUUGCAUAUAUAAGGGAUCUUGCAUUUGAUUAUGGCAUAGUAGCAGAAUCCUUUGAAACCUCUGUCCCCUGGGAUCGUGUUCAAGCCCUUUGCCAUAAUGUUAAGCAUCGGAUUAGUUCAGAAUGCACAGAGAGAGGAAUCAAGCACUUCUUUGUGACAUGUCGUGUCACUCAAACAUACGAUGCGGGGGCUUGCGUCUACUUUUAUUUUGCUUUCAACUACCGUGGUUUGUCAGAUCCAGUACAUGUCUAUGAAGAAAUUGAG